AUGGCGGAUGAAGACCCAAGCUCGAACGUGCGAGAUACUCAGACAGCGGGCUCGGAUCGCGACUCCUUGGGCAUCCGAACGUUCCAUCCCGAACAGCAGGAAUCCACCGGUACGGAGGACUUCAGCAAGGAUGUUACGGAUGUCAUCUUCGAGAGCAUCUUGCGAGAUCCGUCCGCUGCCUCCCACAGCCAGUCCGAGGAUGUCACCAAGCUUCGAGCAAAGGUGUCGGAGCUGGAAACCGAGGUCUCAGGUCUACAGCAGGAGCUCUCUCAACGACAGGCCAGCACCGUAGUGCCUGGAGAGGGUGAGCAGCUAAGCUUCGCGGCCACUGCGUCCGAGGAGCCUCCUCUGCUCGGAGCAGCCUACCAGCAAAUCUCGGUGCUAAAUACACAGCUUGCGCACCUGUACACCGAGCUGACGCUCGCUCGAACGGAGGCUGCGAGCCUCCGCGCAGACAAAGAGCAGGCGGAGGCUGGUGGAGGCGCCAAUGACAAGCUGGCGGCCUCGGAAGCUGCGGCUUCGGCAGCCCAGGCCGAAAACCAACGGCAAGCUCAGCAAAUCGCUGACCUUGUCAGUGACAUUCGCCACCUUCAGUUGGAUCUCGAGUACCACCAACAGAAGGUUGAUCAGCUUCUGGAGGAGAAGCAGGUCAUGAUGAAAGACAUGAAGUCUCUGCAGCAGGAGGUAGCAGAGGCCCGCCAACAGUUGGAAGAAAAAGAACAAGUCCUCAAGCAUCAACAGGUGGACCUCAUGCACUACCGUCAGCUGGAACAGCAAAGUCCUCGUGGAGGUAAAGAUGGCGAUGAGGGUGUGCUCGACGCGCUGCGCACAGAGGCUGCUGCCAAAGAUAGCGCGCUCAUUGUCUCCCACUACGAGCUUCACAAGGAGAAGCUGAUGCGGGAUCGUUUAGAGCAGAAAAACUUGAAGCUCAUGGAGCGCAUGCAAAAACUAAUGAUGGUGGUUGAAACCAUGCGAAAGGACAAUGUCAACCUGGAGCGCACCCUGGCCUCGAAAGACAGAAUGUACGAGGAGAAAGAUGCGCAGCUCCGCAUCAUCAUGCAGAAAGUCAGGCAGCUGCAGAAGAAUACAAAGGGCAAGCCCAAAGGGGCGGCGAAGGCCAAGGCGCCACAGCCGGUUCUGGAGCUGGAAGGCUCCGUUCAGAACUUGCCUCCUCUGGAGUCAUCCAGAUACACGGGCGCUGCCAGUGGGAGGCAGAGUGGUCGCUCUACUCCACGGGGUGGGUCGCCGUACACUGGCCGGCCAUGA